CUCUAUAUCUAAUAUGUGACUCAGAGGCUGAGGAGCAGCGACAGACGAACCUCUCCUGGCGUCGCGAACGGAGUGGAACUAAUCAGCGCCGCGAACGGGAAGACCGGAGACGCACGAGCUCUCGAGCGAAACUUUGCUUUCUUUAUUUUACAGCCAGAGAGGGUUUUUUUUUUCGGGGGGAAGAGCAGCAAUUUGACGCCAGAAUGCCGUCGUUUCACUACACGCUGCUUAAUCUGCUGGUUGUCAUCGGCAGCCUGCAAAUCAGGCAGUUCACGGAGGCUUGCUCGUGCGCGCUCUCUCAUCCCCAGGAUGCUUACUGCAACUCUGACAUAGUGAUCCGGGCCAAGGUGGUGGGCAAGAAGCUGCUGAAGGACGGGCCCUUUGGAACCAUGCGCUACACCGUCAAACAGAUGAAGAUGUACAAAGGAUUCAACAAAAUUCAACACGUGCAACACAUCUACACCGACGCUUCAGAGAGCUUGUGUGGGGUCAAGUUUGACAUCAACAAGUACCAGUACCUGAUCACCGGGCGUGUGUACGACGGGAAGGUCUACACGGGCCUGUGCAACUUCAACGAGAAGUGGGAGCGCCUGACGCUGUCGCAGAAGAAGGGCAUCAACCACCGCUACCAGCUGGGCUGUAACUGCAGGAUUAAGCCCUGCCACUACCUGCCCUGCUUUGUGACGUCCAAGAACGAGUGCUUGUGGACGGACAUGCUUUCUUACUUUGGAUACCCCGGGUACCAGUCCCGACACUAUGCCUGUAUCCAGCAAAAGGAGGGCUACUGCAGCUGGUACCGGGGGAUGGCCUCCCGGGACAAAACCACCAUCAAUGCCACUGACCCCUGAGCUCAAAAUCCCCAGCCACAACAACUCCCCUUUCCCCCCCGCCACCAUAGAGUGCUAUAGGACUCCAACAAUUCCCAAUCCCCCAGCCACCAUAGAGUGCUAUAGGACUCCAACAACUCCCUUUCCCCAGCCACCAUAGAGUGCUAUAGGACUCUGACACCACCCAAUCCCCCAGCCACCAUAAGUGCUGUAGGACUCCAACAACUCCCAUUCCCCCAGCCACCAUAGAGUGCUAUAGGACUCCAACAACUCCCAUUCCCCCAGCUACCAUAGAGUGCUAUAGGACUCUUACAACUCCUAUUCCCCCAGCUAUCAUAGAGUGCUAUAGGACUCUGACAAUUCCCAUUCCCCCAGCCACCAUAGAGUGCUAAAGGACUCUUACCAUAGAGUGCUAUAGGGCUCUUAUACCGCCCAAUCCCCCAGCCACCAUAGAGUGCUAUAGGACUCUUACAACUCCCAUUCCCCCAGCUACCAUAGAGUGCUAUAGGACUCUUACAACUCCUAUUCCCCCAGCUACCAUAGAGUGCUAUAGGACUCUUACAAUUCCCAUUCCCCCAGCCACCAUAGAGUGCUAAAGGACUCUUACCAUAGAGUGCUAUAGGGCUCUUAUACAGCCCAAUCCCCCAGCCACCAUAGAGUGCUAUAGGACUCUUACAAUGCCCAUUACCCUUGCUACCAUAGAGUGCUAUAGGACUCUGACACCUUCCAUUCCCCUAGCAACUAUAGAGUGCUUAGGACUGUUACACCAGCCAUUCCCCCCACCACCAUAGAAUGCUAUAGGACUCUCCAAACCCAUAGAGCAAUAUAGGACUUGCUCACUCUACAACCUACAUAGAGCACCAUUGGACUCAUACCACCCCCAGCCACAGCUGAGAGCUCUAGGACUCUUACAGUAACCCUGACAACCAUGCCAUAAGAUAGUGCCUGUCUCUUCACAGUAGUAGCACUUCAGACAUAAACAAUAUGUGUAUAUAUUUUGCCAAGUUGUGCAUUUAAUUUUAAAGAACCCCAAACCCCCCUCCCCACUUCCUCUCGCCCCAGCCACUUUUUACUAACGGAACCACUAAAAAAAAACCGCACCUGAACCCAAAGAGUCUGAUGAAGCUCUAGCAUGCUGGGGACCUAGUCAAGUGCUUACUAAAAAAAAAAGAGCUUUAUAAUCACAGAAGCUUCGCUCUAUCACUCGUACAAUACCAUGGGUAUAAAAAAAAUAAAAAGCAAUAAGCGGACGGCGGACAGCCGUCAGUCCAGGAGGGGAGGGGAGGGAAGGCGAGCUGGUGGUGUCACUGUGUGCGUUUAUCCCACACAGCUUACCCAUCGGAAGAGUAGGCUUUUCCGGAAUGUUCUUUUUUUUUUUUUUUUUCUCAAAAUUCCGAGUCAGUGUUCUUAGAACUCCAUCGCUUUCACCCGCCGGUAGUCGUAGUGACAUCAGCGUUAGAAUGGUCUGGGUCGAGGGCAUUCUAAAUCACGCAUUUGUGAGCUCACAGCUUAUAACGGGGUUAUAAUGUACAAUCGCCGGACGCUUUCGCCAUCGGUAGACGGGCGGGGCGCGCCCGCCGCGAAAAAAAAAAACUGCCUCUCGCUACAGUCACCUUGGUAUUUUUACGUCGAAAUAUCAGUAUUUAAAAAAAUGUAUUUUUAAUUAUAUAGAAAGUGCUUAUGUACGUACACACGAGUGUACGUACAUCUCCACGGUGUAUUCUGUAACAUAUCUAUUUAUUAACUGUUCUGUUUUCCGCACCCCCCCCUGCCACGUGCGUGUGCCGUAGGGUUCCCCCCUUCCCGUUUAAACCACACUCCGUAAGAAUGUAUUCGGCGGUUUUGCGGCCCGGUUAGGGAAGACGUCCCCCCCCCCACCGUGUGCAUUCUAGCUUGGGUGACUUAAGCGGGAAUACGACGGAUGUGCACUCUUGGGAUGGACCGACGCUGAAAAGAGAAGUUGUCCCGUCAAAUGACAAGUUACGCAAACUCUGACCCGCGCGCUCUUUAUGAAUCAGUUCAGUUAUGUAAACGCUGUUGCGCUUGAGCUGAGGGCAACCGGCACAAAGGCGACGUGACAGGGUCGCCCGAGUGCGUAUGUCGGUCCGGAGUGUGACGCGCCCGAGAGAGAGCGUAACGCGACUCUCGCGGCACCCCCAGAACCGGAACCCUACCGCACAAACACAGGGGCCUGCCCGCGUCGUAGGAGAGAAGUGGACGCAAGCUGUCGUCUCUCUUUCGUCUCUCACGCUGUAAGUGACGACAUAAGCUACGACGGACAUGACAGGAAUGAAAAGACACCCCGACCAGUCGAACCGGGUCCCCGAAAAACAACGUAGACCGAUACACACGUGAGCGUACGGUGAGAGAGAACCAGGAGAGGGGAAAAUGACCUGAAGUACUCAUUUAGCAUAUCCCUAACUGAUGGUUUUUGCGAUGCAUGAAAUACCGCGCAUUGCAAAUCCGAUGCUCCCUACGCUGACUUUUCAAAUGGUACUUCAGUCGUCGUUGGCCAGCCCGGCGUGCUAAAGAGAGACCCUCAUCUGUAUUCAAAGCGAGGGGUUCUGGAAAGAGAUUUAAAUCUCUCGUUUAAAAAAGUGUUACACAUUUUAGAGAAGCAGGAUGGAGAUAAUAAUGUUGUCGCUAAACUCUUUUCUCUCAUUUUCUGUCCACUGGAAGAGAUUCCAGAAUCUUCCGUUCAUUCCUCUGUACAAACAAAGUCAGGCCAGUUUGAAGAAGCCAUCUGCCCGUCACUGAAUUCAGAGAGGGUAAAACUGCCAAAACCCAGAAAUUUGGGGCGUGCGAAUCUGAAUCACCCAAAAGCAAAAGGAAAAGGCAGCGUGCAUUUUUAAAAUGGCAGUUUCAAUUUUGCCGUGAGGAAACAGAAGAGUAAUUGUCCACCAAUCUCCUCUGUGUGCCUCUCACAUGUUUUGGCCACACCGUAACAUCCCGUAUCUGGAGUGACAUCUCCUCUGUAAUCUGCAGGGCUUUACAGAAACUCUCCUGGGGCGCCCCUGUGUGCGCUGGACUUUACUGCGUCCUCUUCAAUCACUCCUCCAUCGUUCUGUACUGAAACCUAUUAACACAAUACGCAAGAGGUCUUCCAAGCCUUAAUUUUUUCCACGUUUAAUCUUCAACAAACGUGGAGUUUCCAUAUAUUACAGAACAGAAAAGUAUUCGGUGGUCUGCUCAAAACUCCUGGCAUGUAGACCUUUAAUAGCAACUUCUGAAAUAAUGCUAAUUUAAAGCCUUAAAAGACACAAGAAGGGUCUAAUUAAGAACAAAUAGCAGCUUGUUAAGACUUCAGAGUCUGAGAUUGUGGCUGGAAUGAAAACCAGCACACACACACGCACGCACACACACACACACACACACACACACACACACACACACACACACACACACACACACACACACACACACACACACACACACACACACACACACACACACACACACACACACACACACACGGGGCCCCAGGAUGCAGUGUGAGACCCCUGCUGUAAUCUGCAUGCCAAACGCUAGCGGUGUCCAUAGCAACCGCACAUGCGUCGCAUUCAUACGCAGAGACACCUCCAGGAGAAAAAGUAGACAAAUGAAUUCGACAAACCCGCUUUCCCGUUUAAAGUGAAAGGAGGCAGGGGGAACUCUUCCCAAUUCAGACGUACAGUGUGCGACAUCGAUACCUCGACGAUGGCCCCCACCAUCAAAGGUAUACCUGUGCAUUUCUGGCAUAGCCGCAGAAGCAGGUGGCUCUCGCAAGCUGACGGCGUGACUUUGUUUCUGGUUUUGGUGGUUUAUGUUUGUGUAAAUAGACUGUCUGCUUACCACAAGAACAAAAGAAAAAGCCUGGUUUUUAUCAACUCCAUGUGGGACACAUUAUCUGAGACAGAGAAUGCUGGCUAUGUCUGUGUGUGUGUGCAUACACCGACUCCAGGGGCAACCCAUUCUAGUAGGGAUUAAGAAAUGUUUGACUUUUAAUCUCAGUGUUUUAUAUUUUUAUAAUAAAGAUUUAAUGAAAACCCCAAA